AUGGCUGGGCUGGCAGAUGGUAGAAUCCGUCUCCGUCUCUCUGUCUCGGUGCUGGGCGGAAAGCAAGAACGAGAGAAAGGAAGAGGAGAGGAUAUGAGACAGAUGAAUGUCACUACCGAGCAACGAUCAUUCCACGGAAGAAUGGGUGGAAUAUCUAAUCAGCGUGGAAUCUGGGCGUCACGAGGCGAAGGCGACUUUCCUGCCUCUCCUGAUUUCGGAGCCAGCCAAGGACAGGCAGUACUUCGGGAUUCCCUCCCGCAUUGGUACAACCUCCGUAGCCCAGGAUCACCUGACUCUGAGCCGGAAUUCCAACAGUACCAAGUCACGUCACGAUAUUUACACGUGACCCUUGUAUCCAAAGCAAAGCCAACCUACAGGCAACAAUGCUCAAACAGAUGUUCCCUGACUAUGAACGACUGCGAGAGAAAGGGACUGACGCCAAUGGCGUAUGACACUAUCAUGAACAAGAGUUGUUUCCGGUUUAUGGAUUUGCCGGUUGAGCUACGUUUAGAGAUCUACAGCUGCCUCCUGGUCUCACCUGAUGAUAUCAGAAUCCCAGCCGAGUGCGAAGCGCCCCUGGCCAGCACCACCGGUAGUCAUGAGGAGGAGCAUGAAGAAAAGAGCCAUCCUGCACACGCCAUUCUCCAAACCUGCAAGCUAGUCAGCGAAGAAGCAAUCCCAAUCUUCUACGGCAUGAAUACCUUCAUCAUCUGCCUGGGUAGGGUUUUGCCCCCCCUCCCCUCCUCUUUUCCCCCCCGUAGAGACCCGACGCCCCUUUUCAAGCUAACGAAGGCUUGCAUGAAUAAAAUAGCAACCGAACAACACAAACAGCCUUUCUUCGUCCAUAACUUCCGUUGGUCGACCCUCUUGUGCAUGAACACCGUCAAGUUUCACAGCAAUGGCUACCAGCAGAUUGUGACGGUCCCCAAUCACAUAGGUGCUCGUCCCUACUUCACCUGCUCUGGCUAUGACUUGAUAGCCGUCUUGAAAGGGACCGCCGUUCUGUAUUCGCCCGAUGGCCCGAAUGAGAACAUGGCCUUGAGCAUCUCUUCGUGGGUCAGUACGAAAGUCUUGUAUCUAGAGCUGGAUGCUAUUCAGCAGGAGAUGGAGGCCAUACUCUCUGCCGAAUGA